AUGUCUAAGACAAGCCUUUGGCAUAAUUGGAAGAACAAUACUGUUGCAACUGCUUGUUUUAAUGAAGAUGGUUUUGGUGAUGGUUAUGGUAUCUUUGUUAAAGCUGUCAACCUUACCGCACAGCAUGAUGUGUUCAAAAGAUAUAUAUAUUCAUCAUUCUGGGGAUUUCAGCAAAUUAGCACACUGACUGGGAAUUUAGUCCCUAGCUAUUAUGUUCCUGAAGUCAUUUUUACUAAGGCCAUUCUUGGAUCAGGACUGCUGCUGUUUGCACUUCUCAUUGGAAACAUACAGAACAUUCUUCAGGCUCUUGGACGCAGGAAGCUAGAGAUGUCACUUAGACGACGUGAUGUUGAGCAAUGGAUGAGCCAUCGGGGCUUAGAAGACGAUCUGAGAAGGAGAGUGCGACAGGCUGAACGUUAUAACUGGGCUGCAACAAGGGGGGUGAAUGAAGAAAUGCUCCUGGAGAAUUUGCCAGAAGACCUCCAAAGGGACAUAAGACGUCAUCUCUUUACAUAUAUCAAGAAAGUUCAAAUUUUCGCCUUGUUGGAUGAACAUAUAUUGGAUGCCAUUUGUGAGAGGCUAAGACCAAAAACAUACAUCAAAGGAAGCAAAAUUUUGUAUGAUGGUGGUUUGGUAGAGAAGAUGGUUUUUAUUGUGCGUGGAAAAUUGGAGAGUGUUGGCGAAGAUGGAAUCCGUGCUCCUCUUUAUGAAGGGAGUGUCUGUGGUGAAGAACUUAUGACAUGGUGUCUUGAGCAUCCUUUAGCAAGCAAAGGUGGUAGAAAAUCAAGGAUUCCAAGGCAAAAGUUGGUUAGUAACAGAACAGUAUGUUGCUUAACAAAUGUGGAGGCAUUUUCCCUUAGAGCAGCAGACCUUGAAGAAGUUACAGGCCUAUUUGCAAGAUUCUUUAGGAGUCCCCGUGUUCUAGGAGCUAUAAGUGAUGCACCCUUUUGUGAGAAUCUCCUCUGCAGUGCCCCCGUGAUGAAGAAGCUCCCAAAAGAGCAAUCUUUCUCUUAA